GGUUAGUGGUUCAAAUUACUACGCUACUCGUAUUUGGAGUUGUCACUACCUUGUAAUUAAAUUACAAUGACAACUCCUACACUAAUACUUGAUAUGGGUGGUGGAUCUUUAAAAAUUGGAUUUUCCACAGAUUCUGAACCAAAAGUAGUGGACAAUUGUAUUUUCAAGUCAAAAACACUCUCUGGUCGUACAUUCAUUGGAAAUGAAAUUGAACAGUGCAAUAAUUUAUCAAGUUUAUUUUGUGUUAUGCCAUUUAAAAAAGGUUACAUUAAUAACUGGGAGGCUCAAAGUCAAAUUUUGGAUACAGCUUUUAAAAGCGUGUUUAAAACAAACUCAAACUUCUCAUUAUCUGAUCAUAAUCUAAUCGUUACAGAACCAUACUUCAAUUUUUCAUCAACUAAAGAAGCUAUGAAUGAGGUGUUCUUUGAAGACUAUCAAGUUGCUGGUCUAAUACGUACUAAUCCUGCAUUUUUAAGUGCCUACAAGUAUCGAAUUGAAUCAGCUCAACGUUUAUCAAGAUACUGUAUGGUGAUUGACUCUGGUUAUUCAUUUACGCAUAUUGUACCAAUGGCUGAUGGACUUGUAAUGAAAGAAUUUGUCAUGCGGUUAACAGUCGGUGGAAAAAUACUCACAAAUCGUUUAAUUGAAGCUGUAUCCUAUCGACACUUAGAUGUACGCAGUGAAAUAUACAUUAUGAAUCAAUGCAAAGAAGAUGUAUGCUAUGUAUCAGUUGAUUUUUGGAAAGAUAUGAAUAUUUCUGGGUCGAAACCAAAAUCAAACAGCAUAUUAAGAGAAUAUGUAUUGCCCAACUAUGUAGAUGUACACAGAGGAUAUGUUCGUGAUCCGAAUACUGAAGCCGCGAAAACUGGUGGAAGUGAUAAGCAAGACCAACGGGCUUUAAGUCUAGCACAACAAGGAUAUAUUUUACGUCUGAAUAAUGAACGUUUCACUGUCCCAGAAUUACUUUUCCACCCUUCUGAUGUUGGCUAUAAAGAGAUGGGUUUAACUGAAGCUAUUCAGCAUAUAAUGUGUGAACGACUGCCGGCUGCAGUUAGACCAGGAGCUUGGGCAAAUUUCAUGGUAAUGGGAGGUAAUGCCUGCUUUCCAGGAUUUACAGAAAGACUGCGUAAAGACUUGCGUGCUCAAGCACCUGACGACCUUCCAGUGAAUAUAUUUAAACCACCCAAUCCUCAAACUUAUGCCUGGGAAGGUGGUGUACUACUCUGUCAGAAUUCAGAGUCAUUUAAUCAAUUCUUAGUUACACGUAAAGAAUACGAAGAACAAGGUUCAAGUUAUUGUGAAAAACGAUUUCCUACUACUUGAUGUGUAUUACGUCAUCAUAUCUCUCUGCAUACUUCUGUACAGGAUAAACCAAGAAGAACACCACAUAAAAAUGAAAACAUUUGUAUAUUGUUCAUAUAUAUAUAUAUAUAUAUAUAUAUAUAUGUAUAAAUAUGUGUAUACUUAUUCAAUUAUUUAUUGUGUCAAUGCGUAAAUAUGCGUGUAUGUAGUUUUAUAAUAUUUAUAUCAUAUGAAAUACGUUGUGGUUUUUUCCGUUGCACAAAAUUUUAUCUAAAGGUCUUUUUUAUGUGUUUUGAACAAAAAAUUAUGAAAAGCUAGGGGAAGAACAAUAGGAGAACCUCCCCCUGCCACCCCGGGGGUUGGGGUGCUCCUUCCAAGCUCACCUGUCUGCCAUACAACACUCAAAUACUCAAAAAGUGAGAGUAUCGUUGGUUUAAAUAGAAAAAUGGGGUGGGGGUGGAGAAUUAACAAAGUACAAAAAAGAUAGUAUCAUGCAAUAAGCAUAUACACACAUACAAUACAUACAUACACACGCAUACCACAAACACAUAGGUAUCUAUCCACUUUCUUAAUAUGGGAUUAUGUAACACAUGAUGGCAGGCGGGCAAGCAGGAAGGAUGGUUCGUCGAGGGAUUCUCAUUCUUUAAAAUGUGAAUAUAAAAAAAGGAAGAAAAAAAAGGUGUACAAAUCUUCAAUUAACUUUGAAUACUUUUGUAAUAAUAAGACGAGGAGUAUUCAGUCAACAACAUCAACAACAAAAAGGGUGUAGGGAUUGCGAUUUUGUCUGAAAGGUGGUUAAGAUAAUAGUUAAGUAUAUAAACAUUUAUAAGGAUACAAAUUGAGUAAAAAGCUAAAUGGAUGGUUGUUUUUGAUUUUUUGCACAAUUCACAAUGGAAUAACUAAUUAAAAAUGUAAUAUGAUAGCCAGCCAGCUAUCUAGCUAGCCAGUCAUUUAGGUAUUAGUGUACACAUCAAUAUAUAUCAGGCAUUCUUCGAAUAUACACCGUAUUUAUACAUAUAUAUAAAUAUCUAUCUAAAACCAACAAUGAUUUAAUUAUAAUUUAUAUAAACAAAUACAGAGGAGAGAAAAACAAUGAAAUAAUCAGAGAAUGAGGGAGGGAGUGAG